AUGUUCGCCACCGUUGUUUCCACAUUUCUCAUCGCUGCCAUGUGCUCUGGCGUUGCCAACGGUUUGGCUCAUCUCCCACCUAGAGUCUCCGGAGAUCCUCAACAAUUGGGCCAUACUCAGGACGCUGCCUUCUCGAAUCAAUACUACAGCGAUGGAGGUGCCGGUGGUAAGGUGAAUGGUUACAAUCUUCUCACGCUGAGCGAUGCUCGUGUGGGUAACAGCUACCCCGUACACACCGUGUAUGCGUACGCUGGUACUCGAAACAACGAUCCAACACAGAUCACGAUCAUUGGUGACUACACCAAAAAUCCUCCAUUCUACCACCUCGGCGAUGAUGGGAGCGGUGAUGGCGUUAUCAUCUCUGACUCCAGCGACUCCGUCCAUGGUCCAUGCUUCGGUCCUGGACCCAACACGGCGAUGGUCCGCAUCCCCGGUAAUUCGACCGGCGGCGUGACGGUGUGGACAGUCUUCGAUGCUUGCCAGAACCCUCCCGUGGCUCAGUACAACACCCUCAUCGAGUUCAACGUCGUAAAUCCGGACACAUUGAACAGUCAAAACAAGAACAUUCCUGCCCAGCGAACGGUUUUGAGGCUUUUCAACGCAAAUGAACCGCAGUAUGGUACUGACGGUCUCGCAACCGAUGGAACAUACUACUACCUUCUUGCCCUCGAUAACACCGGUUACAAGCUUGCUCGUGUGGCCGUCGGCGACCGCGCCAACAGAGGUCAAUACUACUUCUACUAUCCAAGUUCCAAGCAAUGGACCAAGACCAUUCACACCCUCAACGACAACAGCACGACUCUAUACGCCCCUCCACCUCCCAACACCGGCAUCUUCGGCAGCGACUUCUACUAUUCGCCCUACUUCCAAACGUGGCUCCUGACCUACAGUCCCGCUGAUCCCUACUCCGCCAAGUACCUGGCGGUGGCAUACUCGACGAGUGGCAACCCAGAAGGUCCUUACACUUUCGCUGGAACCCCGUUCAAGCCGGCUACCGAUCCGGAGUGUCAGACGCUUGGCAAUGGUGGUAUAUCUUAUCUUGUUCAUUCGCAGCCUGGUUUCGAUGAGAGUGGGGCUACGUUGCUUGUUAGCUGGAUUAGCUGUAACACCUUUACCAACAUGGCGAGGUUGACUUGGGCUUCGUAG